UAAGAUAUAGUUUUUUGGGAGAUUUAUUCACCUGAGAUAUUUGAUAUUUACAGGUUGGUGAUGGGAUGAAUGAUACGCCCUUUUUGGCUCUAAUUGAUAUCGGUAUUGCUAUGCGAAAUGGUACGUACUCGAGGAGCAAGUGUCGUACGAGUUACACGAGGUGAACGUGUAAGAUGGUCUCCGAGGAGAGUUAAUAAUAGAGACGUAUCCACAAAUGAAAAUGAAAAUGAAGGAGCUGGAGAUCAAGUAGUGCAAGAUGAGACAAGUCAAAGAAUUACACGACGUGAACGUGUAAGAUGGUCUCCGAGGAGAAUUAAUAAUAGAGAUGUAACCACAAUUGAAAAUGAAGGAGCUGGAGAUCAAGUAGUGCAAGAUGAGACGAAUCAAAGAGCUUCAAUUCAAGUGCAAGAUGAGACACAAUGUCCCCAAACACAACCUGAGCCAUUGACUCCUAGUAGUGCUGCUUCCGCCUCUAAUGAUGCCAUUAAAAAGGUUGUACGAGGCAAAUAUAAAUGUUUGAAUUUAGAUUUGAAAACCAAAGGUGGAAAAUUAGAAAUUGUAAUGCCUGAUGACAUUCAAAGAGCUGUUGGGAAAAAUUCAAGAGAUGUUGUCAAUUUUUGUGGUUAUAUUGUUAGAAGCAUGGCACCUUUGUUUGUGGAGAAAGAGGGAAAAAUGAUGGAUGCCAGAUGGGAGGACAUUGUAGGGACCAUAGGGGAACUAAUGUGGACCCAAGUGAAGGAGAAGUUUAUAGUGGCUGAAGGCAAGCAAUACAAAUUUCAAGCAUUUGUUAUAGAUACCAUGCGACGCUUGUAUAGAAUUUGGAAGCACAGAUUACAUGAUACUUAUAAAAGGUUUCAGACAGAUGAAGAAAGGCUGGAAAAUGUUCCUAGUGAUGUAAAGAGCGAAGAUUGGAAGCUUUUGAUCGAGUACUUCAGAUCAGAGAAGUUUCAGAAAAUUAGCCAAAGAAAUACAGCAAAUAGAGCUAAGCUUGUGACUAAAUAUACUUGUGGUACAAGAUCAUUCGCCGAAGUUGAGGAGUCAAUGAGAGAUCCGAUCUCUGGAAAAAGGCCACCACCAGAUGAGAUUUGGCUUAGACAACAUACGAAGAAAAGUAAAGAAGGGGAAUUACAGUGGUCUGAUCCAAUCUCCAAAGAAGUCCAUGAAAAACUUCAUGAUCUUGUCGUUCAACAAGAAGAAACACCUCCUGAAUCUCAACUUACAAAUGAUGAGAUGUUGCUGCAAGUUCUUGGUCAAAAAUCUGGUUAUUUUCGAGGUAAAGGUGCUGGAACAAGACCACCAACAAAAAGAACAAGAUAUCUCGAAAACAUGCAAGAAGAAGUGCAACGGGCUGUUGACUCGGCUAGGGAAUCCAUGAUUGAAAGUUUACGGGCUGAUGUCAGUAACGAACUCAAAGCUGAAAUCAGGAAAACUGUGGAAAUGGAGCUGAAGAAUGAUCUUACGGAGCAAAUUCAAAGCCAAUUUAAUGCUAUGUUCCAAGCACGAAUGGCUGCCUUUUUUGGCUCUUCAUCACAAUCAGAUACUUCAAUGCCGACAAGACCUGCAAACCCUCGUUAAAGAUUGAGAUAGCUAAUGAGUUCCAAUCAAACCAGAUUCAGCUAUACAUUUGGAGCUUAUGAGAAGUUGCUUUUUGUUCUAUAUGUUCUAGAUGCUUAGCAAUACCCGUGAAGUUGCUUUUUGUUCUAUAUAUGUUUUAGCUUCUUAAUAGUACUACUUAUUUUCUAACUAGCUAUUAGGUUAACUAUGAUUGUAGUUACAAAUGUUUAUGUUUUAUGGAUAUACAUUUGGAUGUUAAAUAUAUUUUAUGUUUAUUUACCAUUGAUUGAUCA